CUGCUUCGCCCAUCUACGCCUGCGUGCGCACUAGUGCAACAAUGCAGCCAUGGUUCCCAGUCCAUUGUAGUCGGAUGAGUUCACCAGAGAUCAUACUGCGCAGAUUCUGUGCAGAAUUAUCUCCCUGAACGCACCCUAUUUCAGAGCAAUUUCUAGCAGACAGAGGAAACGGAAAGCUCGCUCCCAUUGGCUGCUGUACCUGUUGAAUAUUGAAUAGUUGUAAUUUGCAAACUGGAGUCAGAACAAAGUCGAACAAGUCGGAGAAGGAAGUAAGACCAACUUUCGCAGGUUAAUUAAUAUAAAGAGGAAUACUGUGUUCUUAAUAAUUGUGUUAUCUCUUCGGAAGUUAACGAAAGAAAAUAAAAAUGCCCCUGGGUUUCAGAGGGAAAAAGAAACCCAAGUCGAAGGAGAACUCGAAAUUGGUUGAAAACGAGGAGCUUGGAGAGAGGGCAGGAUACGCCGGGAGAAGCACAACCAAAGCCACAACCGAUGGAGGUGGUCUGCCUCCUCCGCCUGUCAACCUGCGCCCCAAACUGGUGUUCCACACGCAGCUGGCACACGGCAGCCCCACAGGCAGGAUCGAGGGUUUCACCAACGUCAAAGAGCUCUAUGGGAAAAUAGCUGACGUUUUUCACUUAUCUGCCGCGGAGAUCUUGUUCUGCACGUUGAAUACACAUAAAAUUGACAUGGACAAACUCCUGGGAGGACAGAUCGGCCUGGAAGACUUUAUAUUUGCACACACUAAAGGGAUUAAAAAAGAGGUGGAAGUCUUCAAAUCUGAAGACGCCUUGGGGCUCACCAUCACAGACAAUGGGGCUGGAUAUGCAUUCAUAAAGCGCAUCAAGGAAGAGAGCGUGGUGGACAAAAUCAAAGUGAUCGGUGUUGGGGACCACAUAGAAUGUAUAAAUGGGAGGAAUGUUGUCGGCAUCCGGCAUUAUGAGGUGGCCAAGAUGCUGAAAGAGCUGCAGAAGGGAGAGGCGUUUACUUUAAAGCUUGUGGAGCCAACAAAAGCAUUCGAAAUGAUUGAGCCGAGGUCAAAAGGAGGGAAGACGGGAGGAGACGCUAAAAUUGGCACCGGGCGAGGGACAUUAAGACUGAGGUCCAAAGGUCCUGCUACAGUGGAAGAUGUACCGACAGAAUUUGAAGAAAAAGCUGUCAGAAAGGUGGAUGAUCUAUUGGAAAGUUACAUGGGAAUCAGAGACACUGAAUUAGCUGCCACCAUGGUGGAGGUUGGAAAGGAUAAGAAGAACCCUGAUGAGUUUGCAAUGGCACUUGAUGAAGCUCUUGGAGACUUUGCAUUCCCAGACGAGUUUGUCUUUGAUGUCUGGGGAGCAAUUGGUGACGCAAAGGAGGGACGGUUUUAACAUUGACUGGAAAUAUUUAAAUGAAUCAGUGUUUGAGGGAAAAAAAUAAUGAUUUUCUUGUUUAUUUUUAUUUUUUUAUUUAAGGAACGCAUUUUUAUAUUGCUGGAGUACUGAAAACAUGCAGUUGUGGUAUUUAAACAAACACAUAAAAACUACUAGCUAAUUUUUGAGAUGCGGAGCUUGAUCCUUAACCAGGGUACUUCCAUUGUUACUGUGUUUUUCUUUUUAUAGAAAUGAAAUAGUUUUCCUCUUGUAAAAAAAAUAAAAAAAUAGUAAGUUUUCAAUAUUGAUUCACUUAUCAUAAUUCAAGGGAAGUGUUGAUUGCAGCAUGCUUCUUUAACGAGGAAGCCAGGAAAUACGGUGUGCCACCGUUUCUCUCAAUGUACUUGUAAUCCAGAGCACCAAUAUGUUGUUUUCUAAUGAUUCACGCAGUGGUAAUUUGCAGUAAUAACAACCGUGAAAACAAUAUGUCUGGGGGGUAUCGGGCCUGUGCCUUAAUUGUGUGGUUACAGAAAACAGUAGUGAAAUGUAACAUUCCAUUAAGAAUUCCUUUAAACAAUUCAUUAAAAAACGGCAUUAAAUCUGCUCAAAAUAGAACAACACAUUCUAAGAUUAGAAUGGAAUGAUGUACAAUAAAUUAACGACCCUUCUACUUUUAAAAAGAAAACCUUCACUUGUCCCCUGUUUUCUUUUUUGUAUUUGUUUCUGUAACGUAUGUGUUUAAUGUGAUGUCAAUUGUUUUAGAAUGAAAAGGUUUUGUAACUUUCUCCCGGAGCUUCUGCUUUUCCGGUGAAUAUAGACAGCUGCAUGAUAGUUUGUGUGAAUAUAUAAAGGGGAUGGUAAUUCUUUGUUCUGGGUAUUUUAUUGUGAAUCUGAUUUUUGCAGUCCUAAGGAUUCCACUUUGCUUAUUCAUGGUGCAGUUCAUAUUGUUCACUUUGAUAAUAUAUUGCUGUGUUUUUUUUGUUUGUUUGUUUUUUAAUAUAAGCUAACCUAAAUGUAUAAAAUUCCAUGUUAGAUUUAGUUUCAAAAUAAAUUUCCUCUGCAGA